AUGGUUGUGAUUCAAUAUGAAAAGGCCAGCAUGUCUUCAGAAAAUAUCGAGAUGCAUGUAAUAAUCAAGGUUCUGAUUCCAGAGUCAGAUUGGGGAGACAACUCCUUCAAGGCUUUGACUUACAUUCCGAGGAAGACUUUCCCAGCAACAGAAGAAAAGAUUGCGAGGUACUUCUACCGCAUCAAAAAGGGUGAAGGAGUACCACAAGUACAAGAUACUAAUAUGGCUAUUCUUCAAGCCAUUCAAGGCAUGAUGGAAAUGAUGAGGGAAGAUAGUGAGAAUAAGAAGAUGAGACUUGCCAUUGCCGAAUUCACAAACCAUGCGGGAAAUUGGUAUCAACAUCUCAAAUCCGAGAGAAAGAGGAAAGAGGAGGAUCCCAUUGAAACUUGUGAAGAACUUAAAGAAGCCAUGGGAAAGAGCGGUGAAGCAAAAGGGAAGUUUGUGGUUCCUAAACAAGUGGAAGCCGGGAGCACCUAUACUAAAAAGAAUAUAGCUUCAAAGGAGGAAAGAGAGAAAUCUAGUUCCAUUCAAUGUUGGAAGUGCAAAGGAUUUGGGCACAUAAGCAAAGAUUGUGUCAAUAAAAAAGUCAUGGUCAUAAGAAAUGGAAUUAUUGAUUCAGAAGAUGAGGUGAUGAACAAGGUGAAAGCCUUGAGGAAGAGUCUGAAGCCUUUGAUGAUGAGUACAUUGAAGAAGGAGGAGAAAGUUGAAGAUCAAAUGGAGAUCUUAUUUCACAAGAGGUGCUUGCUUGAAGGAACCCCAUGUAGCUUGGUAAUUGAUAGUGGAAGUUGCACAAAUGUUGUAAGUAGUUUUCUUGUAAAAAGGCUCCAGCUCACUACUCGUCCACAUCCAAACAAAGGAGAAUUGAAGGAAUUUAAUGACAUGUUUCCACAUGAAGAUGCACCUACGGGUCUACCUCCCUUAAGAGGAAUUGAGCACAAAAUUGACUUCAUACCCGGGGCAACGCUUCGAAAUAUGGCGCCAUACAGGACCAACCCAAUCGAGGCCAAGAAAAUUCAAAGGCAAGUGGAAGAACUCAUGGAUAAAGGUUAUGUUCAAGAAAACAUGAGUCCUUAUUCAAUUCCAAUCAUUUUAGUGCAUAAGAAAGAUGGAACAUGGAGGAUGUGUGUUGAUUGUCGAGCCAUCAACAAAAUAACAGUAAAGUAUCGACAUCCUAUUCCUAGAUUGGAUGACAUGCUAGAUGAAUUACAUGGUGCAAACUUGUUUUCAAAAAUUGAUCUUAAAAGUGGUUACCAUCAAAUUCGAAUGCAUGUGGGAGAUGAGUGGAAAAUGACUUUCAAAACAAAAUUUGGUCUUUAUGAGUGGCUUGUUAUGCCAUUUGGUCUUAUCAAUGCACCAAGUACUUUUAUGAGGCUAAUGAAUCAUGUUUUGAGAGAAUACAUUGGAAAAUUUGUCAAUUUCUUAGGAUUCAUUGUUGGAAAGGAGGGAGUGAAAGUUGAUGAAGUAAAGGUCAAGACUAUUCGAGAGUGGCCAACGGUACCACUUAAAAGCCAAACAAAGUUGAACAAGAGGCAUGCUAAAUGGAUAGAGUUCAUUGAGACAUUUCCAUAUGUCAUUCAUUACAAGAAAGGUAAGGAUAAUGUGGUGACUGAUGCAUUAUCAAGAAGAUAUGCAUUGUUUUCUUCCCUUAGUGCAAAAAUUCUUGGUUUUACACAUGUUUAAUUUUUACAAAGUAGAGACUCUAAAUUUCAUGAUGUGUAUAUUCAAUGUUUAGAAGGGAAAAACGUGCAUGAUUAUAUUGUGUUUAAUGAAAUGCUUUUUAGGAAAGGAAAACUUUGUAUUCCUAAGUGUUCCAUUCGAGAGUUGCUUGUGAAGGAAGCUCAUGGGGGAGGAUUAAUGGGGCAUUUUGGGGAAUUUAAAACAUAUAACAUGUUGGCUGAAUAUUUUUAUUGA